UCUCCAUUCCUCCACAGCGAUACCUUCGCAGAACGUACAAUGCGAUGGCCUUGGUCAGGCGACGACGAUGACCAGAAGAGUAGCGGUCUCAAGACGGGGGCUGCGCCGUUGAAGUCGAAUGGUUGGGCGUCAACAUUCACUGAGCCGCGGACCUUGAUCCCGUCCAUCGCGUUAACAAUUACCACCGUUGCGGGUGUUCGCCUGUACAAGUCAUACUUGCGACGUAUACCGACUGUCAAUCAUAUCAAGCCUGACUACUUCCGACGCAGAAGCUUGUUCGGUCAGGUCACGAGCGUCGGAGAUGCGGACAACUUCAGGCUAUUUCACACACCUGGAGGUAGGAUGGCUGGAUGGGGAUGGCUACCGUGGAAGAGAGUACCAACGAAGAGAGAGGACUUGAGCAAGCAAACCCUCCACAUUCGACUCGCUGGUGUCGAUGCUCCAGAACUCGCUCAUUGGGGCCGAGAAGCACAGCCAUAUUCGAAAGAGGCCCAUGAAUGGCUCAUCAACUUGAUCCACAAUCGACGAGUUCGUACAUACAUAUACAGGCGUGAUCAGUACGAUCGGGUGGUGGCUCAGGUGUAUAUACGAAGGUGGCUACUCAGAAAGGAUGUGGGAUUGGAGAUGCUGAAAAUGGGAUUGGCUACUGUAUACGAAGCGAAGACUGGCGCUGAAUUUGGCGCUGUCGAGGAAAAGUACCGCGCUGCUGAGAGACAUGCUCGAGAGCAAAAGGUUGGGAUGUGGACGAAGCCAAGCUUGAUACAAAGAUUGGGUGGCGCAGGUACGAAGGCACCGGAAAGUCCACGAGAGUACAAAACCAGACAUGCGGCAGCAGAUAAGAAGAAGUAAAUACAAGAUGUGGAUAUUCGCAGAAGCCAACCAUGACUUGCGUCACUGUAUGCACACGAACUACAAGCUGGCACAGCAUUUGGCAGGGCACGCCAAACCAAUGGAGUGGAGUCAUUGGAACCUCUGGUGUUUGUCCAGUCGCCAAGGCUCACUUGUUUUUAAAUUCUUUUCCAGGUGAGCCGAAGUUUGGUACAUCGCCUUGUGACUAUACUGUAUAAGUCAUAAGGUCCAUUUGCAAGCGACGCAAGAUACGGGAAAGCAAUACAAAAAUUCUUUGCACUUGUACCGACGUUAGUCGUUUGGCGCCGGUAAUCGGUCCCGGCGCGUUGAAGUCAUCGCGGUGCAGUUCAGUUGCUACUAGAUAUGCGAUUACCCAACCUGGCUUUUGUAUUGGGCAGCCAACAUCGAUUGUGAAGCUUGAAAGAGCCAUAGUCCAAUAAUAGCA